AUGAGGUGUACUCAAGAUGGAGGUGGGUGUUCAGCUUUUGGCCAUUCCUGUUUUGGAGGACACGGGAAGCGCUCAGAAAACUCACAGGCAUCAAGCUCCGAAAUAAUGAGUGGUCGACAACUAGGACAGGAAGAGACGCCACCUCACCCUGUCUACCCUCACUCUGGUUAUGGAAUCUUGCCUUCUGGUGACGACAUCAUACCGAUCAGGGAUGGUGGUGUAUACGAACGCGAGGACAACCCAAGAGAUGUAAUGAGAAUGAAGCUUCGAAAUAUCGUUAAAAAUUGGAUGGAAAACUUCAGACGAUCACAACAGAAUGAAGAUGGACUCUACAUUGAAAAUUUGUAA